GCAAGGCUGGAGGACUGUCUUCCCAAGAGCUCUGUUGGCUGAACAACAACAUCAGCACAUCGGCUCUCUCGGCGUCAUGAGGCCCCUGCUGCGGGGUCCGGCGAUGAACGAGGAGGAGGAGAAUUCGGACAGCACCCCGCUCCUGCCGAGCGCCCGGCAAACCGAAGCGGCUCCAGUAUGCUGCUCUGCUCGGUACAACUUAGCGAUUUUGGCUUUCUUUGGUUUUUUCGUUCUUUAUUCGUUACGUGUAAACCUGAGUGUUGCAUUGGUGGACAUGGUAGAGUCAAAUACAACCCUGACCGAUAAUAGAACUUCCAAGGAGUGUGCAGAACAUUCCGCCCCCAUAAAAGUUCACCACAAUCGCACGGGUAAAAAGUACCCGUGGGACGCAGAAACUCAAGGGUGGAUUCUAGGCUCUUUUUUUUACGGCUACAUCAUCACACAGAUUCCCGGGGGGUACAUGGCCAGCAGAAUCGGAGGCAAACUGCUGCUGGGCUUCGGCAUCCUGGGCACUGCCGUCUUCACCCUGUUCACACCCAUGGCCGCAGACUUGGGAGUGGUGACCCUUAUCGUGCUGAGAGCUCUCGAAGGGCUAGGAGAGGGUGUAACGUUUCCAGCCAUGCAUGCCAUGUGGUCUUCCUGGGCACCCCCUCUUGAAAGAAGCAAGCUGCUGACUAUUUCCUACGCAGGAGCACAGCUCGGGACAGUAAUCUCACUUCCUCUCUCUGGAAUAAUUUGCUACUAUAUGAAUUGGACGUACGUCUUCUACCUUUUUGGUGUAAUUGGAAUCGUAUGGUUUAUUUUGUGGAUGUGGUUAGUUAGUGAUACACCAGAAACUCACAAGACAAUAUCCCAUUGUGAAAAAGAAUACAUUGUGUCAUCAUUAAAAAACCAGCUUUCUUCCCAGAAGGUGGUGCCCUGGGCGUCCAUCUUGAAGUCACUGCCACUUUGGGCGAUUGUCGUAGCGCAUUUUUCUUACAACUGGACCUUCUAUACUUUACUGACAUUGUUGCCUACGUAUAUGAAAGAAAUCCUAAGGUUCAACGUUCAAGAGAAUGGAAUCUUAUCCGCGUUGCCUUAUUUUGGCUGUUGGCUCUGCAUGAUUCCCUGUGGCCACGCUGCUGAUUAUUUAAGGGUCAAGUGGGAUUUUUCAACAAUAAGUGUUCGGAGAAUUUUUACCCUCGUGGGAAUGGUUGGCCCUGCAGUUUUCCUGGUCGCCGCUGGAUUCAUAGGCUGUGACUAUUCUUUGGCUGUUGCGUUCCUCACCAUAUCCACGACACUAGGAGGCUUUGCCUCUUCAGGAUUUAGCAUCAACCAUCUGGAUAUAGCUCCUUCGUAUGCCGGUAUCCUGCUGGGCAUCACAAACACAUUUGCCACUAUCCCCGGAAUGAUUGGGCCCAUCAUUGCUAAAAGCCUGACCCCUGAUAACACCAUUAGGGAAUGGCAGAUUGUUUUCUGUAUUGCUGCUGCUAUUAAUGUGUUUGGUGCCAUUUUCUUCAUACUGUUUGCCAAAGGAGAGGUGCAGAACUGGGCUCUCAGUGACCACCACGGACACAGAAGCUGAAGACAAUAACAAAUAAUAAUUAAUGUAUUUUAAUUUAUCAUGUAAACUGAAAGUGCCUUUGGUAUUUUAAUGUGUAAGCAUUCUAUGUGAGAAAAAUAGUACCAUAUUUUUAAGGUAAUCAUGAAAUGUUACUAGUUGCGAGAUUAUUUAAAAUGAGCUGUUUUUAAUUAUUAAUAAUAUAUCUGCCAGACCUUAUACUGGGUUUGCAUACCCAGCUGCAAGUUAGGCAGCAUGAUAUAAGGGAGGGCUUAACACAGUGGUUCUCGGCUGGGCGGUGGUGGCACACGCCUCUCUCUAGUCCCAGCACUCAGGAGGCAAAGGCAGGCAGAUCUCAGUGAGUUCGAGACCAGCUUGGUCUAUAAGUGAGUUCCAGGACAGCCAGGACUGUCCCACAAAGAAACCCUGUCUCAAUAGAUAAAUAAAUAAAUGAAUGAAUGAAUGAAUGAAUGAAUAAAUGAAUAAAUAAAUGACAGUGGUUCUCAACCUGUGGCUCAUGACCCCUUUUGGGGUCACCUAAGGCUAUCAAAAAACACUAAUAUUUAAUUAUGAUUCAUAACAGUAGCAAAAUUAGUUACGAAGUCACAGUAUAUCAGUUUUAUGGUUGGGGUCACCACAUUAUGAGGAACUGUAAUUUUUGUCUGUUUUUGCUUUG